AGGCGCUUCAAAGAAGCCUUACCGAACGUCUGAGGACAUGCUCUACGUUGUUAUAGGAAUAAGCCUUCUGGUGUGCGCUUCUGAGGGUUUGUUGUGCCUGAAAUGCAACGAUGUUGCCCAGCCGAGACAUUGUACGACCGUCGUUGAAUGUCCGCAGUCUGACGUAUGUUACGUUGACCGAUCUGUAAAUGACAUAGGAGAAACUAGUUAUAUCCUAGGAUGUUCACCUGAAAAUAUUUGCACCAACAUUACCUCAACGUCCCAGUCCAGCAGAUGUACAAAUUGUUGUGGAUCAGAUUUAUGUAACCAUCAGGCGUGUGGAGAACCGGACUAUCCUGUCGACAGGGGCCCUAUUUGCUACAGCUGCCAUGAUCCAGUACCAGCCGGCAGAUGUCACAAUAUUGAAUUUUGUAGAAGUGGAGAAGAAUGUAGCGUCACUGGGAAACAAUUAUUCGGAACCAUGGUUUUCACGUCCAAGUGCCAAAAGGCCUUUGCUUGUGAACCUCACAAUUCCGAUGGUGUACUGGUCGGAAAGCGAGACGAACUCAAUGAGCGAUCCUACGAUGACCAAGGCUGCGAAUCGUGCUGUAACGCCGACCUUUGCAAUCAGCAAUGCUUCACACAUUCGUAUGCCGAUUGCUCUGAGGUACACAAAGCUCACCCAGAUCUCCCUUCUUCAAUCUAUACCAUCACAUUGUGGAACACAAAUAGUCGAGCGGAGGUGGUCUGUGAUAUGGAUACGGACGGGGGUGGAUGGACGGUUUUUCAGCACCGCGUCAAUGGAAGUGUCGAUUUCUACCGGAACUUCUCUUCUUAUGAGAACGGGUUUGGAUCCCUGCAUGGGGAGUUCUGGCUUGGGCUGUCCCUGAUGCAUGAGAUGACGUCGCAUACCACAAACGAGUUACGAAUCGACAUACAAAGAGCUAAUGGAAGCCUCGGAUAUGUAGUUUACCCAAAGUUCAGAAUAGAAGCUGCCCCAACAUACAUUUUGCGCAUUGGAAACAAAACAGACUACGGCGGAAUUUCAUCUACGUCGGUUGAUUCCUUUACGGAUACAGGCUAUGGAGGAGCCGUCGAUAUGGCGUUCACGACCUUUGAUAGGGACAAUGACCUAAUUGUCGAGAACUGUGCUUUACUUUAUCACGGUGCGUGGUGGUACCAUAGUUGCUACAAAUACGCGAACUUGAACGGAGAUUAUGUGACGCCAGGGACAGAUUCUAACAAUGCAAUAAAGUUUGAUAGUAUGACUUCUUUAAAAACCAGUAGACUGAUGUUCAGAACAGCGUAA